AUGCACACAUCUGCCGUUGAUGCGCUGGGGAAGAAACUGGGCUUUACUAUAGAUCUGGGGAAGCUUCACAAUGUGUCUCUGGGACAGGGUCAGGAGUCUGUAGCGGAGCUGGCUAUGGAAAAAGCCUCCAGAGAGGGCCACUGGGUCAUUCUACAGAACGUUCAUCUGGUGGCCAAAUGGCUGGGCAGUCUGGAGAAACUCCUGGAGCGGUGCUGUGAGAACAGUCACCCGGACUACCGAGUGUUUAUGAGCGCCGAACCGUCUCCCACCCCACAGGAACACAUCAUCCCGCAGGGAAUUCUGGAAAAUUCCAUCAAGAUCACCAAUGAGCCGCCUACAGGGAUGCUGGCCAAUUUACACGCAGCUUUGGAUAACUUUGAUCAGGACAUUCUGGACCAGUGUUCGCGUGAGCAGGAGUUUAAGACCAUUCUGUUCUCGCUGUGUUAUUUCCAUGCGUGUGUGGCAGAGAGAAGAAAGUUUGGUCCUCAGGGUUGGAACAGAAAGUACCCGUUCAACACAGGAGACCUCACCAUAUCAGUCAAUGUGCUCUAUAACUACCUGGAGGCCAACUCACAGUUAUAUCACCUUAUCACCGGGAAGAAACUGGGCUUUACUAUAGAUCUGGGGAAGCUUCACAAUGUGUCUCUGGGACAGGGUCAGGAGUCUGUAGCGGAGCUGGCUAUGGAAAAAGCCUCCAGAGAGGGCCACUGGGUCAUUCUACAGAACGUUCAUCUGGUGGCCAAAUGGCUGGGCAGUCUGGAGAAACUCCUGGAGCGGUGCUGUGAGAACAGUCACCCGGACUACCGAGUGUUUAUGAGCGCCGAACCGUCUCCCACCCCACAGGAACACAUCAUCCCGCAGGGAAUUCUGGAAAAUUCCAUCAAGAUCACCAAUGAGCCGCCUACAGGGAUGCUGGCCAAUUUACACGCAGCUUUGGAUAACUUUGAUCAGGACAUUCUGGACCAGUGUUCGCGUGAGCAGGAGUUUAAGACCAUUCUGUUCUCGCUGUGUUAUUUCCAUGCGUGUGUGGCAGAGAGAAGAAAGUUUGGUCCUCAGGGUUGGAACAGAAAGUACCCGUUCAACACAGGAGACCUCACCAUAUCAGUCAAUGUGCUCUAUAACUACCUGGAGGCCAACUCACAGGUGCCGUGGGAAGAUCUGCGGUAUCUGUUUGGCGAGAUCAUGUAUGGAGGUCACAUCACUGAUGACUGGGACAGAAGACUGUGCAGAACUUACCUGGAAGAGUACAUGCAACCCAACCAGUUUGACCGGAAGCUGUCACUGGCUCAGGGAUUUGUCGUUCCUUCCAACCUGGAUUAUCAAGGUUAUCAUGCUUACAUAGACGAGGUGCUGCCACACGAAAGCCCGGUGCAUUAUGGGCUUCAUCUGAACGCUGAGAUCGAGUUUCUUACGGUGACGUCAGACGGUCUGUUUCACACGCUGCUGGAGCUUCAGUCCAGAGCCUCCGGCAUGGGUGAAGGAACCUCACAGACCACAGAGGAGAAGGUGAAGACCAUCCUGGACGACAUCCUGGAGAAAUUACCCGAGGAGUACAACAUGUCAGACAUCACGUCCAAGACGGCCGAACGUUCUCCUUACAUUCUAGUGUGCUUCCAGGAGUGUGGGCGUAUGAACAUGCUCGUCAACGAAAUAAGACGCUCACUCAAAGAACUGGAUCUGGGGUUAAAGGGAGAACUGGCCAUAUCAUCAGAGAUGGAGCAGAUACAAACAGCUUUGUUUUAUGAUAAUGUUCCCGAUCCGUGGGCCAGACUUGCGUACCCCUCCACAUACAGUCUUGGACAGUGGUAUAAUGACGUGUUGCUCCGCUGUAGAGAGCUGGACAGCUGGACUCAAGAUCUCUCUCUGCCCAGUGUCGUCUGGAUCUCUGGUUUAUUUAACCCUCAGUCUUUUCUAACAGCUGUGAUGCAGAGUUUGGCACGUAAGAAUGAAUGGCCGCUGGACAAGAUGAACCUGACGGUGGAUGUUACCAAAAAGUUUAAAGAGGAGUUUAACCAGGCGGCCAGAGAGGGAGCGUACAUCUAUGGCCUUUACAUGGAGGGUGCACGCUGGGAUAUUCAGGGUGGGACAAUUGCGGAGGCGCGUCUGAAGGAACUUACUCCCAGCAUGCCUGUUAUCGCCGUCAGAGCCGUUCCAAACGAUCGUCAGGAGACGCGUAAUACCUAUGAAUGUCCCGUCUAUAAAACCAAACUCCGCGCUAACACCUAUAUUUGGACCUUCAACCUUAAAACCAGAGAGAGACCCGCAAAAUGGGUUCUCGCAGGGGUCGCCCUUCUGCUUAGUGUGUGACACAGACAACUGAUGACUUACUGAUGUGUGACCGGUGUGUUUGUGUUUUCAUACUAGUUCAAAUAGCCUUUAAAUAAAGACAGUGCUAGUUAAGAAAAGACCUUCUUAUUCUGGAAUGUGCUUAAAGGGAUAGUUCACCCCAAAAUCUCUCAUUUAUUCUCUCUCAUGUGGUUGUAAAUCUGUAUGCGAGUCUUUCUUCAGUGAAACACAAAAGAAGAUAUUUUGAGAAAUGUCUCAGUGGUUUUGUGUUCAUACAAUGGAAGUCAGUGGGGUUCAGUGUUGUUUGACUAUCAACAUUCUUCUCACAUACAGGUCUGAAAUAACAUGAGGAUGAAUAAAUGAUGAGAGAAUUCUCACUUUUGGGUGAACUUUCCUUUUAAUUUGGACCAGCUGUGAGCUAAAGAAUCAAUGUUUAUAUACUCUUGCAUUAGUCAUUUGACAUGCCGUGUGCGGACCAUGAGUCUACGACCAAACUGGAAAUAAUGUAUUACCUGAAGUCACCAAUCAUAUGCAAUGUUUGUUUUAAAGUCACAAAACAAAUCUUAAAUUGUGACAAUAUUAACAAGACUUUCUCUGCUGCGUGUGUUGUGUGACCUAAAAUAAAAAACUAUGCAGUACAACACUGCAUGUUAAAAUAUAAGCUUAGAAAACCGUUUGAAAGAUUUUGUCUUUCCUGAUCCAGAAAGAUAAGAGCAUGACUAGAAAACAGCCGGCCGUAAACGAGUGAACGUACAUGAUUUAAAGUGGGUCUCCUUUUAAAUGUGAAAAAAACGAGACUUACAGCUGCGGGAAAUAUUAAGGGACCAUUUCAAUUUUAUUUUACAUUUUUCUGAAUGUAGUAUUUAUAGAUAUGCGUUCAGGUAAAAUGAUCAAUUUUGUUGCAUUCUGUGAACUACUAAUAAUAUUCCUCCCAAAUUUCAAAUACAUUUUUUUUUCUAUUUGCAGAAACAGGUGAGAAUAACAGAACAGAUGCUCUGUAUUUUUUUCAGACCUCAAAUACGGCAAAGAAAACAAGUUCAGAUUCACUUUUAAGCAACACGACAAUCAUGUUUCUAGGAAAUUUUCCAAACGUAUUUGUUUAUGUGAUUUUCAUCCCAGUUUUCAUGCGUCUUGUCAUGCUGUCAGUCUUUCACAUUGCUGUUGAAUGAAAUGAUGUCACUGAGAUUUGAGAACACAUACUGGACUGGAAUGACCACAUAUACGUCUGGAAAUGAUGAU